AUGGACGCCAGUUUCACAAGUUGCUUUGACAUUAGCGAAGCCGUAGCCUUUAUCAAUGAAAAUGGAUACUCACGAGUCGGGCUUCAGCUAACCUCGGACCUACUAAUCUACUCAGUCGAUGCUUACGAGCAGUUUUGCAAGCAAACUUCAGCUUCUAUUGUUAUUUUAGGUGAUACGCCCUAUAGUAGCUGUUGUGUGGAUGAGCUUGCUGGCAGUCUCUUUGGCGUUGACGCCAUCAUCCAUUUCGGUAAUGCCUGUCUGACUAAAUCGACUGGGAAAGUGGCUGUUUUUUAUGUCUUUGGAAAUAUUAAAUGCCCCUUAGUUGACAACAACCUCGUUGGCGUGAGCAAUAAGCUUUUUGAACAAAUUUCGUCUCUUGGUGGUGCGGUUCUGUUCGCCUAUGACUUUCGGUUUCGUGAAACUGCCAGAGGGUUGGCUGACCACUUAUUAUCAAAAAGCCUUGAUGUCUGGUUUUCGGAGCCUGCGUAUCCAUGUCUCGACACCCAAACGUCUUCACAGUUCUUACAUGCCGGGAGGAUUUUUAAACGAACUGGUGCUUCUAGUACUCCGAAUGUUCUUGUCUACGUGGGUGAAUGCGAUUCGGCUUUCUACAGGAUUUUGGUUAGCCUAGGUGGUGCAUAUCAGAUCAAGGCGUAUACCGUCGAUCCGCUCACAGGGCAAGUUGCCGAGGCCACCAAGUCGGCGUCCUCGUUUCUUCGACGGCGUUACUAUCUAAUGGAAAGGGCAAGGUCAGCUAGGCGCAUUGGAAUUCUGAUGGGCACGCUCUCGGCUUCUCGUUAUCCUGAGAUCGUCGCACGGCUCAAACGCCUUCUGAAACGCGCUAAAAAGCCCUUCACGACUGUGGUUGUGGGGCGGAUCAACGAGGCCAAGUUGCUGAAUCUCCCUGACCUCGAUGCCCUCGUUCUGGUCGCCUGUCCACAGGCUAGUGUUUUUGAUGACCCCUCGCUUAUUGUGCCUGUGGUCACUCCAUACGAGAUGGAAUGCGUUCUCUAUUCGUUGUGUGGUGAAGAUGAGUGUCGUACAGGAAAGCAUCCGAGAGAGUGGAUGGGCACGUGGUUACCCCUUGACUUCGUUGCAGAUAUUCUCGACACGGGUGCGCCGUCUUACGCCCCAGAGGAGAGUGUGGUUCCAUCUGAAAUUCCAGUUCAUGAUUCUGACGACCCUACAGCAUCGUCAAGUCGAGCUCUGGUGUGCCGCGACGAAGCAAACUGGAGCCUUGCGUUGGCUUGUGAAGACCUUGCCUCGCGUGGUCGAGACGCCUGGCUCGGUCUCGAUCCCCAACUCGGACAGACGCCUCCUCUUACGUCCAUCCAGCCUGGCCGAUCAGGAGUUCCCACAAACUAUUCUACCAUGACCGACACUUAG